AUGGAUGCCAUAUCUGGCGCUUCUGCAGUGGUUCAGCUCAUAGCAACUGCCUACGAUAUCAGCAAGUUCCUACGCAGCCUUCACGAUGCACGAAGCGAAUUACUUGAGAUUGCUGACUCUCGACCAGGUAGAGUACAGCAAAACAUGGCAGAAGUCCAGGACUUCGUUCAUCAACAGACUUCUUGUGCACCUUUACCCAAUUCGCAGCGCAUCAGCAGCGCAAUGAAAGUCUGCGAAAGCAGAUUUGGGGUGCUUGCAAAGUCAGUGGACGUGUUCACAAUCUCCUUGAACUACCAAAGCCUCAUGCAAAGGAGAUUGGCGGCCAUGAAGCUUUUUACGGAGAAGGAUCAGAUUCGGAAAUUCCAGAUUCAGCUCAGAGAGUCCACAAGGAAUCUGCUGACCGCUCCCAUGAUCAAUUCAAACAAUCUUGAAAGCCUACAGUUGGAGCAGGACAUCAAGUCCCACUUUGAUGUUUUGGUUCAAAACAAGGAAUCUACAGUCUACCGUUCGAGCAGGAAGGAAGACUGUACUAUCACAGAGGAAUCACAUCCGCCUUUGGUGGAAUUCAAAGGAGCUAGUCCUUUCACAUUCAAACACAAAAAGAGUGAAGUAUGA